GGGGGAGGGGGGGGGGGGGGGGGGGUCGCUGCUAGUGCCACUGCUACUCGCUGCUACUGCCCUGUGACGGGGAAAUGUCCAGUAGCUGAGUCUCAAAAGCGGGAACAGAGAGCUGCUGCUGCUGCGAUAGGAACAGGUGUCUAGCAAAAGCUGCAGCUGCGUGAGAACUCGUACACUGACAGCUGCCAUAUGACACACACCCCGUGCCUGAAUCGGGGAGAUAUAGAUGAUUAGGAUACCCCUUUUAUUUGAUAAAGAACAGAAUUCAAAUACACUAUUACCUUUCUCUCUUGCUUUUCUAAUAUCCGUACUUUCCUCCGCCUUCCCCCCUUGGGUGUCGGCCCGAAUGUCUCCGAAGGAGAAGCGGAAGAGAGAGAGGGGCUGGUUCACGAAGAGAGAGAGAGCGAAGGGGAAAAAGAGGGUGACCCCCAUGACAAGGUUUCUGCAGUGAGAUGUACGUCAGGGGCGGGGAUCAACGAUGUGGCAGCAGGUCUCUGUCUCUCUCUUCUGAUCAACAUCUCCGGCGCA